AUGACGAUCCUCAUCUUCAAGAAGGGCGAGCCCCAGGACCUGUCCAACUGGCGCCCCAUCGCGCUGUCCUCCGUGCUCUACAAGCUCUACGCCGCCCUGCUCGCCGACCGCCUGGCCCACUGGGCCCUGCGCACCGGGGCCGUGUCCUCCGUCCAGAAGGGCUUCAUGCCGUUCGAGGGCUGCCUCGAGCACAACACCGUGCUGCAGGAGUGCCUCGACCUUGCGCGGGAGUCCGGCGCCGAGCUCACCACCACCUGGCUCGACCUCAAGAAUGCCUUCGGCUCGGCCCCCCACGCCGCCAUCUUCCAUCUCCUGGAGCAGCACGGCCUCCCCGAGCACCUCCUGGAGAUCCUCAAGGACGCCUACACUGACAACACAACGACCGUCUCCACCUCCGCCGGCGCCACCAGGCCCAUCCAGAUGGCGUCUGGCGUUAAACAGGGCGACCCGCUCAGCCCAAUCAUCUUCAAUCUCUUCCUGGAGGUCCUGGUGCGCAGCCUUCUCGCCGUCGCCGCGGACUUCGGCUUCAAGCUCGGCGACAAGAUGAUCGUCGUGCUGGGCUACGCCGACGACCUCGUGCUUCUGGCGCGCUCCCCUGAGGCCAUGCAGGCCUUGCUCAACAUCGUCGGCACCGUCGCCUCCUGGGUUGGGCUUGAGUUCAACUCCAAGAAGUGCGCCACCCUGGCCAUGCGCCGCAGCAAGGCCGUGAAGGCCGUCACCACCAUCCAGGGCCAGCCAAUCAAGGACCUGCAGGCCGGCGACGCUUACCAGCACCUCGGAGUCCCCACGGGGCUGUACGUCAACCAGACUCCCGAGGACACCAUCAAGUCCAUGCUGCAGGACCUCGCCGCCGUCAAGGACUCCCUCUUGGCUCCUUGGCAGAAGCUCGACGCCGUGCGCACGUUCAUCCUGCCGCAGGCCCAGUUCGUGCUGCAGACCGCCCGCAUCCAGAAGACAGCCUUCCAGGACCUGGACAAGGCCAUCAAGAGCGCGGCCAAGCAGUUUCUCCAUCUGCCUGACCGAGCGAGCAACGAGAUCAUUUACAUCCCCUGCCGCCAGGGCGGAGCCAACCUCCUGCCCCUCAGCGAGCUCGCCGACGUGGGCGCCGUCCAGAAGGCCUUCAAGAUCCUCACCUCACCCGACCCGCUCGUCCGUGAAGUCGGCCUCGCUGGCGUCUCGCGUGCCGCCGCUCGCCUGAUCGGCCGUGAGCCCUCCCACGCCGAGCUGGCGGCCUACCUGUCCGGCGCCGAGUUCAGGAGCAGGCCCAACUCGUUCGCCACCAUGUGGAGCGCGGCCAGGAACGCGACGCGCCGCCUCGACAAGAAGCUGGGCGGGCUGUCCUGGUCUUGGAGCGAGACGCUGCAGCGCUUCGCCCUGGAGGUCGCCAUGCCGGGCCGCGAGCCCAACAAGACCGUCGUCGACGCCGCGUCUAGGUCGCGCGUCUCCGCCGUGCUGCGCGACGGCCUCCAGCACCACCAUCUGCGCACGCUCACGGCCAAGCCCGACCAGGGCAAGGUCUUCGACGCGUGCAGCGCCCAGCCCGCCUCCAACCACUUCCUGGCGUCCGGCCACCUGACCAGGUUCUGCGACUGGCGCUUCAUCCACCGCGCCAGGCUCGGCGUGCUGCCCCUCAACGGGGCCCUGCGCAUCCCCGGCCGGAGCCGCGCGUGCCGCCGCUGCCAGUACGCCGACGAGACGACGGCGCACGUGCUGGACCACUGCCUCGGCCAGGGCAAGUCGCGGGCCUGGAACAACCGCCACCGCUCUGUCAUCGGCCACCUCCUUGAGGCCAUGCCGGACCACGUCAGGGAGCACCUGCGCGUCGAGAGGGCAGUCCCGGGCACCGACUCCGCCUUGAAGCCCGACCUCGUCUUGCUCAACGCCGGCACCAAGUCGGCGGCCAUCAUCGACGUCACAUGCCCGUUCGAGAACCGGCGCCAGGCCCUGGCGGUGGCGAGCGAGGCCAAGAUGACCAAGUACGCCGGCCUCCAGGACGCCCUCCGCCAGCAGGGCUUCACGUGCAGCAUGGGCGUCGUCGCCGUGGGGGCCCUGGGGACGUGGGAUGCUAACAACGAGUACGCCCUCAGUCUCCUCGGCAUCCCGGCCCGCGAGCGGCGCCAACUCCGCCCCCGCAUCGUGAGUGACGUCAUUCGGUGGUCGCGCAAUAUCUACGUGGAGCACAUGUGCGGCCACCGGCAGUACUCGUCUGACGUCGUACUGCCCGAGCUAAGUUCGAACUAA